AUGGGCAGAACAAAACCUACUGAGAACGAGCUGUGGGCUCAGGCUCAGGCCAACGGUUACCAGAGAGGAGCACAUACCGAAGUUGACGAAGUCCGCAACGGAGAGAAAUAUGUUGACAAGACUAAGAUCGAUCACGAUCGAACUCUAGACCGCUACAUUCUAUGGCAACUUAAAUCGAUGAGGGAAGAUUACGAGCGUAAAGGGCUCCCUCCCCCAGACGAAGACGCCGCCCGCAGUCAGUAUUUAGGGAAGAAAGUUCCCGCUCCCGACCUGGUGACCGUCAAAGACUUUCUACGGUUCUACAUCGCGACGAGCCGCCCUCGACUCGACAAAGAUUCGGAGAAGCCGAGGCCGACCGCCGAUGCCAUCUGCACUGUGGGAGAAUGGUUCUUUGCCGGCUUUACUCGUGUGACCGGCACCGAGACGAACGCAGAGGACCGAAGUGAGGUUUACUAUUGGGUACGACGAACCUUAGUCCGUGAGGGUAUUGUCGUCAAUAAACAUCGCCCGAAACACAACUUUACGAUUCGAGACCUCACCCGUGUCCUUCUCGCGUUAUGGACAUACGACGAUCUGAUCUAUAUCCACGAGCGGUAUCGAGUACAAACCACGUUUCUUAUACAUGCCUUCUGCUUCACCGGGGCGCGGAUCGGGGCAUUCUUUACGGACGGCCUGCGGUACAAGGAUGUCGAACUUAUCUUGCAACGCGAUCCUGGUAAGAAAAACGGUCGUGACUGGAGACUCGUGUAUAUUGUCCACCAGCGUUGGGUGAAAAACAAUCGUGACCCUGAGAACAUUACCUUCGGCGCAGCCGCAAAGGAGCACGAGAGACUGUUCUACAACGAUGCCGGUUUUCUGUUGGCCAUGGCCAUCGCCGAUAACGCCUUAGUAGGGAUCGACUCUCUCGAGGACGUGCGUCAACAGGUAAUUCCUGCGGGUAAAGACGAAAAACCACUUAGGUUCAAGGAUUCGGUCUUGGGACUACCCAUUCUCCGAAAAUGCACCAAAGGUGGUCGCGUGACUGCCGACCCAAUGCCCAUGAACGCGUUUACCGCGAUUUUCAAGAGCACUCUGAUCAAUUCCGGGUACCUGUGGGGGCUUUCGAUCCAUGCCAUUAGACGGCAACUUGGAAAAGGAGCUGAUAGACGAAAUACCGCGGUUGAACGCUCGCAGCACUUAACGCAAGCCGAUCCUCGAGUCUUUGGUCAAAGUUACGUAGCGAACUGCUCCUCGGUUGACGGCCAGGCCGCAUUCCGCGACGAGGAGAGCGAUCAGCGUCAUAUCGAAUAUUUCCAAAGUCUCGAAAAGUUUCACGAGGAUGGCCUGCCUGACAAGCUUCCUGCCCACCUCGAAGAGGAAUUAAAACAGGAUCCGCGCCUCCGUGAACUUGAAACUGAGGUCCAAAUACUCACGGGACCUCAGGGGAGCAAUCAGGCAUUUAGCGCCGCCAAGCGUGAGUUGACGAAAUAUCAAAGGACACUGAAGCGAGAUGCACUACGCCAAUACCAGGAGAGUUGGGUCAGGGAGCGCCGGGAUUGGUACGUCCUAACCCGGGGGAACGUGGUGCCUCAAGAUAACUCCAAGAUGGAAUUGGCCCAGACCAUCUACAAACUGUUCCCCGAACGAGGACGACUUGCGCAGGCGAUGGCAUCUUUAUAUCCCUUGACGACGGACAAGAUGUGGGAUGCGCUUCGAGACGUCCAGAGUCUCUGUCUUCAAGACUCUGACGUCCUGUAUCUCCCCGGAUUGCGCCCUGUUGACGGCGCCUGCCCCGUCAAAUAUUGUCAUCGGCGCAUGGACAGUCUGCCCAAAGCCCAGCGCAAUCAACACAUCCAAACUUGUGUCCGUCAGGAGAUGGCGACCCGUUUAGGGCGCCUCUUGUCGGAUAUCCAUUACUGCUAUCAGUGUUUCGAUUGGGUCGUCGGAGAGAAAUGGGAGCCGCACUGUCAAGCACACUUGGAUGCACUCACGACUAAACGUUGUGGGACCGUCACCUACUGUCACACCUUAGUCCGCCCAGCCUACUGUCCAAUAUGUAUCGGGAAGAUAUCGUUACCUGCUUCUAAGCGACUAAAAGCGUGGUCUCGAGAUCACAAAUUAUGGAUUCACAUCAGUGACGAUCACCUCACCAGUUGCCAAUGGCCGUUUACGUUUUCUUAUCCACUAUGCGACACCACUCAUGAGGAUCGUGCCUCAUUUCAAUUUUAUCUUAUGGACACGCACAAGCUUAGCCGGUCGCUUCCUGCGAAGGUUAUUAAUUCCAGCCGUCAACACUCACUAGAGAAGGAGAAAAUCCCGCUCGACGAAGGUGUUGAUGAACCCGGCCCAUGGCGAAAGCGAAAAUCACCGAGUAGUUCUAGCGCCCUCAAGUGGACGCCACCACAGUCGCUCGAUUCGACGGCCGCAACCUCGGAAGGGCGAUUGCCCGACCGUCCCCCUAAGCGGAAAAGGCAGAAACGACAGACUCCUCCCCCUUCGACUAUCUGUCCCGAAGUUGUCGUCAUUAACGAUGAUGUCUCUGAUGAUAACACGGCCCCAAUAACCGUGGACUCUGUUAUGCUUUCCCCUUUAAGCCUUUCAAGCAUCGAGGAUAAUAACAAAUAUACCGAUCUCGAACAUGAUCCAUUUCCGCGCCAUUACGCCACUCCCGUCGAAACCAUUCACUUGCUCGAGCCAGCAGACUGCGACGGUGACUCCAAUUUGGACACCCUAUUCGAUCAAUAUCUCCGCUCCCCGUCGCUUUCGCCUCCCCCUUUACCUCCCCCUUCGCCUCCCCGGUUAUCGGAUGAUGAUGCCACUAGCGAAUUAAGCGGAGCAACACUGAUUCACGCUGAACGUGAUCAGUCUCAUAGUGGCGCAGAGAUAGACACAGAGACGUUGAAAAGUCCGGUUCCAGAAGACGUGUCGAAGAAAGAGGGAGCUCGAGAUGAAGAGGACACUUGCCAAAUCCAAAAUGGCCCUCGCAUUCGACUGCGAGUCCCUCGACCUCAAAUCACGCUUCGCCUUAAGGUCCAGGGUACAUGUCAAGCAGGAAAGAAGAAAAAUAUAGGAGCGAAGGGAAGGAGAGAAAAGAAAGUAAAUAAACGCAAGGAAAAGAAGGGACCUAAGAGCGGAAAGAACAAGAAGGGGAAAAGGCACAGUAGAUAG